CCGCCUUUCCUCUCCGCUGCUGAAUCAACCGCCGAGCAACGGAUUGCGGCGGCCAUCGAUUCCCUCGGCUUGCCCUGCCGCCCCGGUGCCAAGCACAUCCCGGUCCCGGUGCCGGUUCCAUGCCGGUGCCGGUCCCUGGUCCCGGCCGGGGGAUGUAGGAGAACGCGCGGCCCAAGGUACCCGGGCAGCGCCGCCGCCUGUCUCCUGCAAGGGCCGGCGCAGCGGCCGCCGCGGCCGUGUGGCUGUAGGCGUUCCUCGGGGAGACCGGGAAGGGGCACGGCUGCUGCCCGCCUGCCCCCCCGCCGCGGUCCCGCCCGUGCCAGUGCCGUGUGCCUGACCGUCCCGCGGGCCAUGGAGCGCGCGUUCACGCCGCUGGAAUGCCUCCUGCCCGCCGGAAAUCUGAAGUUUUGCCUUCUGAUUCUGAACCAGCCUUUCAACAAAGGUCAUUUCCAUUGUCUGUGGAGCAGAGCUGCCCUGAGAGCUUGUGCUGAUGGAGGUGCCAAUUGUCUCUACCACAUCACAGAAGGGAGCCAGGAAAGCUUCUUGCCUGAUUACAUCAGUGGUGAUUUUGAUUCCAUUCAGCCUGAAGUCAAGGAGUACUACAAGGUCAAGGGAUGUGAGUUAAUUGAGACCAUGGAUCAGGACCUCACAGAUUUCACCAAGUGCCUUCAAAUACUCCAGAAAAAGAUAGAGAAGAAGGGCCUCCAGGUUGAUGUGAUUGUGGCUCUGGGUGGACUUGGAGGACGCUUUGACCAAACAAUGGCAUCAGUGGAAACGCUUUUUCAUGCAAUAAAUAUCACUCCUUCUCCAGUGAUAGUUAUCCAGGAGUGCUCGCUGAUUUACCUGCUUCAACCUGGCAAGCACAAGCUGCAUGUGGACACAGGACUGGAGGGCUCCUGGUGUGGCCUCAUCCCCAUCGGGAACCCCUGCGAGAGUGUGACCACGACAGGCCUUAAGUGGAACCUCACUAACCAGGUGCUAAAGUUUGGAACACUCGUCAGUACUUCCAACACCUAUGACAACUCUGGGAUUGUGACUAUCGAGACAGACAAACCUUUGCUGUGGACAAUGGCUAUCAAGACAUAAGAUCAGCGACAGCUGCCUUUUCUGAUCCGAUUUUACUACAAAAUUUCACGGAAUUAAGACAGUAAAGCUGCUGCAAGAUAUAAGCAGGCACUGAUUUUGUGUAUUGAAUGAAAAACAAAUUUGAAAUAAAAGUCACUUGAGACCGGAUCAAAAUUACUUGCAGUAAUAGAGUACUUCAUUCUGGUAAAUCACACUACUUAAUCAGAAGAUGCAUGAGCAGCCACUCAGUACAACCACAAUCCGAAAUGAAUGUAAAGAAACUGCUGCUGCUGAUGUGGUUAGUUCAGGCUACUUUUACAAAGUAUUUUAUUCCAAUACUAAGCUAUUUUUCCUGUCCUGCCAAAAGGAAAUACAGUACCGAGUUGCACAUAGUAUAACUGUAUGACAAGGUGAUAGCACCAAGAUUAGUUAAUCUCAUUUUUCUGUCCUAGUUUGCAACAUAUGUAGGUUCUGUUAAAGAUUUCUCAAUGAUAAUAAUUGAACUUUUCUAUAUGGAAGCAAGUUAGUGUACUGAAGAAGCUUCAGUUUUACUGUAAUACCAGUAUCAAAUGUCCCAGUAUGAAGUGCUUUUAAGUCUGUAACAGAAGUACCCUUGUGCCUUCUGCAAAUACCAAAUGCUUACAGUAAGGUUUUUUAAGUGAAUUAAAUAUCUUAAUCUCAAUCUGAGGAGGAAGAGCAUUGCAUCUACCAUAGUUUUUGCAGGCUUAGUUGUUAAAAUCAAAAUAUGCAAUAAUUUAAAAUAAUGUAAACUUCCAGGUCAACAUGCAGGGCCCAAUACAAUUAUAUGUACAGAACAGGAACCAAAAUUGGUAUAUAUGCUAUCCAACAGUGUAAGCAAGUUGUGGAUUUGCUGAAGGACUGCUUAGUGUCUCUGAGAACUAAAUUACCCUCAAAUGGUAUAUCUCAGUAAUCAAUUAUGUUUGGGUUUAUUAAUUAUGCCAUCAGAAUAAGGCCUGGCAAUGCAAUUUCUUUGUUUGACAUGAGAUUUUUUUCCUGUCACGUACAUACUAUAACCUAGCACGACUUCCAAAUGCAGAAAGGAAUUAGUGAUAAUUAUGGUGAUUCCAGAAAUGAGUGACAGGAAUUCCCAUACACUUUUACACCACUUAAAAAAAUACAGAAAGGCUGUUUACUUGCAGUCUGCUUUUGCUAGAACAAUGCUGUUCCAAAGCUUAAUUUACUGCUUUGUAAACAGCUCCUGAAGAGAGGUCAUGCAGCUGUCCCCCAUGGAAGCUUUCAGUAUUUGCCUGGAGAAAACCUUAGGCAACCUCAUUAGAUUGCAACA